AUGGCUAAAGUUCCACCAAAGUAUGAUGACCUUGGCAAAGAGUGUAGGGAUGUUUUUGGCAAGGGAUAUGGUAAGCUGUGCAAAAAAUCAGCUAAAGUAUGUGAUUUUACAUUUAUUUUUGGUUUAUGGAAAACAAUGAAAUGGUGACCUUAUUGAUGCAAUGUAAAUUAAGUCACUUACAUUAUACAAGCAUUAAUAUAAACUAACACAUCCACAUGUACUGAUCACAUGAGUGGAAAUGUUUUUUUUCCCAGCAAAUGCAUCAUACAUUUGCGAUCUCUUUAUUCAUUUGCAAACCUCUGAUAAUCUCAAAAUUAGAAGGUUCGUACAGGGUUAUGAAUUCUUGAAAUAGCAGUGAAAUUUGUAAAGCAGUUUUCCAGUUUCAAUUUCACAUGUAUGUUAAUGAAUCAAUGGUAUAAUUAACCUAUUAAAAUGGAACCCCUAAAACUUUUUGGUAGAUGAAAUUGGUGUCCAACCUAGGCAAAAAAAUGGUAAAAGGGAGUGAUUUCUUUUUUGUACAGGAUUUGGAGCUGUCAAGCUUGACUUAAAGACAAAAGCAAAGAAUGGAGUGGUGAGUGAUUUCAGAAUCCCAAGAAGAAUAAACUGACUUUUUGGGUGAUAACAGAUUUUCGAUGAAGUACAAGGGGAAAAAGUACACUGUGUUUCCUGGCAAGAGUGUCUGCUAUAAAGCAUGACUUGACAUCAUUGAUUGUCUUGAUUCUUUAUUGUUUCCAAAUUAUCAAGAUAAUAGGGCCAUUUAUACCAGGAAAAAUAAGACGAGUCUUACAUAAGACGCGUCUUAAAUAAGACGCGAACUGUACCAUUUAUACGAGCAUGUCUUAUCUAAUAAGACGCGUCUUAGCUAAGCCGCGUCUUAUUUUAGAUGAAAUAUGUCGUUUAUACGGAAAGUUCGCGUCUUAUAUAAGAUGCUUCUUAUUUUUACUCGUAUAAAUGGCCCUAAUGAUACACAAUUCUCAGAGAACUGGUUCGCCAGGACAAUCACAAUCGCUUGGAUAUGCUGUGUUUGAUCGUCUUGGUCAUCCUAAUCACCUAAAACAGCUGAAGUGAUUUUAAAAACUAAUCCAAACAAUAAUUUUACAAUGUAUACAGAAAACUGGCCGAGAACUCAACGGCUUUGAUAACAAAGACUUCAUGAGUUAUACUUAGUAUUAGCAUAACUCACAAAUUUACCUUUGCUUUCAGUCUGUGUGGCACAUACAAGACCUAGCAAAUUUACUGUAUACACUUAUUUAAAGUAAUUUUAAAUAAGUGUAAACAUUUAAUACUGUAAAACUGCAAUUAUUGCAGUUUUACGGUUGUUUUUUAUCAUUCUUGUUAUAAUUGUUACCUUUUUUACAAUGUUUUAGGAAUUUGUAACAUCUGGUUCAUCAAAUAAUGACUCUGGAAAGGUUUUUGGAAGUCUGGAGACAAAAUACAAGUAUUCUGACUAUGGUAAGUGCUUCAGCUUUUUGGAAUUUACAUGUACUCUUGUAAUAGUUUAAGAAGACUUUUUGAGUUCAUUGAAGUCAUGUUAUUCUAAGUACAGAUGAGUCCCAAUUCUUCCUGUGAAUUUGACAAGAGACAGACAUUCUGCAAAUCACCCUAAACAUUUGAGGGUCACCUUUUUUGCUUUCUCUCAUGGGCAAAGGUUUUGUGCGUACAACUGAAUAAAGAUGUUCACACACACAUGGCUGUGUUGUCUAGCUGCAUAAAACUCAUAAUUUAUUACUUUUUAAAAAAAGGCUAGGGACAUAAGACUGCUUGGUUCUUGCAAGUUAUGUUAAGCAUUUGUUUAAACAUUUAGGGCAACGGAUCUAGAAAGCAUUAAAAGCAAAAAAGCCUUUGUUUGGAGAUAAAGUGAAGGAUGACAUUGGUGUGAUCCAGCCUUCUGACAAUAACAACAUCCAUGCUUUUUAGACAUUUUUUUUUUCCAACAUUCCUCAGGGAACAGUAGCUGUCGAGAAACAAAAGAUUUUCUCACGUGACAACAAUUAUGGGCUUCAAAGCUACUGAUGGCAUGUUUGAAGUUUGUUGAUGCUUGUAAAUAUUUUUACGGGUGUUUAGAAUGACAUCAUAGUAACCAUUUUUGUCCCAUUUGUUGACACUGUUCUUUUGUCUGAUGAAACAGGUAUCACCCUGUCUGACAAGUGGACAACAGACAAUGUCAUUACUACAAAUAUUGCAGUGGAAGAUCAAGUAUGUUUCAAAUAAAUUUGCAAGAGAUUUAAAGAAAACAGUUACAAUAGUUCCUUAGGUGUUCUUUAGUUCUUAAAACACAAGAUAUCCUGAUUUUGUUAGGUACACUAAGUCGGUAAAUUUUCAAGUACAAACAUUUGCUGAAGAACAUCUAAAUUAUCAACACUGUAAAAAAUGUAGUAAGUUUUGAAGUAGAGAGUGCAAAUUCAGACUAAUCACUUACUCAGAAAAAGUCUAGAACACUUAUUUAUUAUAUUGUCAACACAGCUCCCUUAUUACUCUCGCAUGUACAUAUUCACUGAGCCACAAGGGCACUUCCCAUGUCCAUUGCCUGCACUUGCUUUCACGAUUUAAAUUCUUGUUUUUUUUAGUAUAUUGAAUUUUCUGCCUAAAAUGUUGUAUAUAUUUCAAAGAAUGGUCUUGGAAAGUCGUUCAAGUUUUAGCCUGAGCAAUACCUGAUGUUUUGAGGGCUAGUCCCAUCAAAGUAAUGUUGUGAUUUGCUUUUGUGAAAAGUUAGUGCUGGAAACCACCUCAGCUUUUGAAUCUCUUAACAGUUGUCAUUUUAAAAGUUUGGGUUUGUUCCUCUACCAAUGCAGCGCCACGGUUUCUUAACCCUUUCAGUUCAAAGAGUGAUCAACAUCAAUUUUCUCUUAACAUUACAUCUAUAUUGAAAUGUGUGGGGAUUGUGCAACAAAGUUUUCUUUGUGUGUUGACAUUUUAUCAGUAUCAUUCUGUGGUCUCUGCUUGGGCUAUUCAGUGCAUUUCAGGCAUGAAUGUGUUAGAUUUAUUGUUAUUUUCUUCUUCACUGUUAUAGUUAGCUAAAGGUCUUAAGUUGGAAUUUGAUGCAAGCUUUGCACCCAACACAGGGUAAGUCUCUUGUCAAUCCAUAUUUUAAGGUGGGGAAAAUGCCUUAAUUUGAUUUUUCCGUACAUAGAACUUGAUAUAGUCAUCUCUUCUGCCAUGUUUAAAGCCACUGAAUUUGUAUUUGCAAAUUGUUCUCAAUAAGUGAUGUUGGUAUUGCAUGAUUUUGUGAUAUUAGGAAGAAGUCAGCCAAGAUAAAGAGCGCAUACAAACAAGAUUAUGUGCACUGCACAGGAGAUGUUGACUUUGAUUUUGCUGGGCCAGCUAUCCAGGCCUCAGCGGUUGCUGGGUAUGUACGAUUUUUGUUGGAAGAAAAGUAUGAGAAUUUAAUAUAGCAGCGGUGAGAAUACAGCUGUUUUGAGAAAGGUUGUCGGAAAAAGUACAGGCGACAAUCCCGAAAGGUAUUGUGGAGUGGUUUUUAGUUCACAGUUUUUCCAAUAAAUUUCAAAGAAUGGCACGAGAGGCCAUGGACGUAUGUUUGCGAGGGCUAAAGUAAAGCAACAAAAGUAGGUUCAACAGCUACAGUGUCAAGAACAAGUGUCUUGAUCAUAUCCCAUAUUACCUUUCGGGAUUGUCGCGUGCACCGUUUUUGCGACAACCUUUCUCGAAAUAGCUGUAUGAGAAAUGCUAGUGACCACCAAGAUGAAAUGAGGAGCAUUGAAAGAAAAGGGAACAGGAACACAUAUGACAUUUCCUCCAUAAGAGGUGUAACUGGGAACUUUCACGUUGUAGUUAUGUAAACAAUGUUAAAGAAAUGUAUAAAAGUGUGCUGCACUUUCAAAGUUGUUUUUUACUUUUGCUAAUAAGACCCAUUGAUUUUUUGCCAUACUAGUUGCAUCACAAGAUCCUUUUUGUUGUUUGAGUAAACUAUAAGUAUAUCAACAAGAGCCUCACUUUUAACCCUGGCUAAAUCUUAAGACCAGUGAGGCAGGCAGACAGGCAGGCAGAACCUUCAGAUGAUGAUACUCUUUGUUUUGGUACAGUUUUAAGGUGAUGUUACACAGAACAAUUCGUAAUAAUAAUUUUUAACACAACACAGCAUUGCAAUGUUGGAACGCAGUCCCAACCAUUUGAAACAAUGUUGCAACAAAAUGUUGCAACAGUGUUGCAAAGCUGUGGUGUGCUAAAAAUCGUCAUUGCAAAUCAUCCCAUGUAACAUCACCUUAACAUGUACAAAUGAAACUGUGUUUGGUCAGUUUUGCCAGUGAAAAGGUUAAUGCUUCAUCGGGUUACUGACUGUAGUUGUACAGAGUAUGAAGAGUAAGCAUCAGAGUUUAAGUAGAACCUUUUCUCUGGUGAUAAUUCAUGAAGGCCGUGUAGCAUUCACCUUAUCUUGGUAGGAAAUUUGUGUUUUAAUGCUCCUCUGUUUUUAUGGUAGGUAUGAAGGCUGGGUAGCAGGAUAUCAAGCUGCUUAUGACACUGCCAAGUCAAAACUAACUGCUAACAACUUCUCGUUUGGCUACCGAUCAGACGACUUCAACAUUUACACUUCAGUGUGAGUAUACCUUUCUUAAUAUCUUCAGGUGGGCUACAAACUAGAAAUAGGUAUGAGCUGUUGAAAAGAUUUCUGAUUUUUAGCCCAUGGUUUGAUAACAUUGUAAACCACAAUUUUCUCGGCCAGAAACUUGAAUAUGUAGCUGGGUCCCUUCACAGAGAUCUAUUUAUGGUAAUCCAAUAAAGCAUUCCAAAAUAGUCCAGUCAUAAUGUAAUGCAGCUUUAUUUAGUGAUACAGCUGUAGCUCUAUCUUGCCUAUCUUGGUUCUUCAGAACAUAUGAAUGAAUAGUUAAAGUUUCUAAUGGACGUUUUAAAACCUUUGGAAUUUUCUAGGAAUGAUGGAUCCAAAUUUUCUGGAUUAAUUUACCACAAGGUAUAGUGCCCUGUUUUUUCUCAAUAUUUUGUCUUCAUCAUCAUAUAUCUGUCAGGACAGAGGUUUCAGUAGAAGCUAGGAGCUGGGUUCCUGGCACCAGUGUUUUCUGAGCAGUACCACCUCCUUCAAACAAGAUGGACAUGACAACUCUCACGCCACCUUUCCAACUUUCCCUACCAAGAGAGAGGAGAAGUCGUUACUUCUCAUUGCCGUUGUAGCAAAAGAACAAACCGUGGUCCUGCAAAUAUGGCAGAUGAUAUGAAAAAAAAAUUUACAUUUAUGAUUUUCUUGACGUCAUCCCUCCACUGUUUGACAAAGAAAUUUUGCCCCAUUGUAACCUGACAUUACACUUCUCCUCUCAAUUCAACCAAGGACAGCCUUCUAGUUACGAAAUAGUGAAAACCCUGGUCAGUAGGUACAAGACUGUGACUGUCUUAUUGUGUAAAAAAUCACUGGCCUAUGACUAUUUUUUGUAUUCAGAGAUGGAUCCUUUUUCAAAAUAUUAUUCUUCUGAAAUGUUACACCUUCCUCUUGCUACUAGUUAUUCUUAAUGAAAUCCCUGCACAUGUUAUACAAAUGAAGGGGUUCCAACUGCAAGUCAUGCAAUUUUCUAUCUCUUUAAAAUGGGAAAAAACAUCCUCAUAUCAAAUUGAAUUCCAAAAAUACUGUUUCAGUUUUGUUACUUUAGACUGUUAUUAGGCAUAGAAGCAGAGCCCCUUUAAGAACAAUGUGAUCAAUCAUGUUUGUCAUGAGACGUAGAACCCCAAAAACUUUGUCACUGACUAUCAGAUUUCCUUGUAGAUCAAUGGCAGUCUUGAGGCUGCAGCACAACUGAACUGGGCCUCAGGUAGCAGCAGCACUGCAUUCCAAGUUGGUUGCAAGUAUGAUGUUGACAAGGAUACAUCAGUUAGGGUAAGACAUCAUGGUGUUUUCUGCUGUUUGAAUCCGGUUAUUAAUUCUUCAUAACCAGCCGGCGUUGACCAAAUUUUUAAGAUGCAUGCAAUAUACCAUCAAUUUGAUGGUAUAUUUGCUUGGAAAUCAGGUUGAUCAAUGGUAUAUUUGCCUGGGAUCGAGGAUGCUUGGGCAAUAGGGAACUAAAAAAAAUAGCGUUCACAGCUAUUGUAAAGUGACAAUGGCCACAGUGCACUGUUAGAGCACAGCCUUGUCUCUCAUCUCUAUGACACUGCCCCUCCAGUAUGCUCUGUGAUGUGUUUAUUGGGUCUUUAAAGUUUCAACUGAUUUUUCUCUCAAACCUCCAAUGUUAUCGUGUCCUUAACUCUGUCUUUAUGUAAUAAUAUCAAUUUAUCUAAAACAGUUAAUGCUCAGUUGUUUGUCUGACCUGCCUAGAUUAGCAUUUGCUACCUGCAGGUUUCAGUGUGAUUACUUAAGUCAAUUGUUACGAUAAAGAUUUUGUUGUUGUUGUUGUAGUGAUCAUUGUGUUAUUGAUUUAUUUAUGUAUAUAUCUAUUGGCUGUUUUGUAGGCCAAAGUGAGUAACUCAAGCCUUGUAGGACUGGCCUUUACCCAGCAAUUGCGUGAUGGCAUCAAGGUUACUCUGUCUUCACAGAUUGACACUAAAAAUCUCAAUCAAGGAGGGCACAAGAUUGGUCUGGGUCUGGAUUUCCAAGCCUAAGCAAUUAGCACUGUACUGUUCUCUGACAAUAUUUUAAUUACCAAGUCCAUGCAUGCAAAAGUGUGUAUUGGAUUUUAGUGUUUUUCAACCAGUGUGAGGAAGCUUCUGAAUUUCGCGGUGAACUGCUUGUGGCUAUAAUAAC